AUGUUCGACGAUCUCUUACAUGGUACAAAUAUCGGUAAUAUUACUGACAUUGACAAAGAACUAUUAUCACCUUCCAAAAGUCCGGAUAUGUGCGACUGGAUUUCCACUGUGGAUACGUCAGAUCUUACCGAAAGGCAAUUACUUUUUACCAAGAAAGAGUUGUACUCGAGAAUUCGUGUACUUGCUUUGCGAGAGAAGUUUCAAUUUCAGGUUAGUAGGUCAAGCCUAAAAAUGUUAACCAUUGUACGCGCGGACGAUAAUUGCAAGUGGAUGUUACGUGCGUCCAGUUUCAAGCAGUCCGCCAUCUUUAUGAUCCGCAAAUUCAACAAUGUGCACACAUGUUCCAUAGAUUAUCGUUGUAAUGCACAUCGAUAUGCCACUAGUUCCAUAAUUGCUGAGCAAAAUAUGGGAAAAUUGGAUAAUACAUACGGAUCGUAUAAUCCUAUCGUUAUUGCACGUGACAUGGAACGUGAGUUUGGUGUGAAAAUUAGUUACCAUCAAGCACGUCUUGGAAAGGUAGCUGCUUUACAUAUGCUACAUGGUACACAGAGUGAUAACUUUCAAAAACUUUCUUCCUACUGUCAUGUCCUAGGAGAGAGUAACCCGGGGACAGUAUUACACAUCGAAGUAGAUUCUCGUAACAGGUUUAACUACCUUUUCCUAGCUUUCGGUGCAAGCAUUCAGGGUUACCUGCACUACCUGAGGCCCGUUAUUUGUAUUGACGACAGUCACUUGAAAGGUACAUACAAAGGUACCCUUCUACUGGCAAUUGCCCAAGACGCCAACGAACAGAUUUAUCCCCUAACGUGGGGGAUCGUUGAUGCAGAAACGAAUAGAUCAUGGAUAGCCACAAGAACUUAUCGAACUGAAGAGUUUGAAAGACUUAUAGGACAGCUUCGUAGGGUAAGUGCAAGAGCGUACGGGUGCUUGGAGCUAGUAGGUUUCCCAUUUUGGUCACUGGGACUAUUUGUUGGCCAACGGUACAAUAUUUUGACCAACAACAACGCAGAAUCUUUGAACUCAAUGUUGAGACAUGCCCAUUCGUUACCGAUCAUGUGCUUAGUGGAACACAUUCGGCAUACUAUGCAGAAGCGGUUUUAUGAAUGUCGAGCAAAUGCAACAGCAUGCAAUAACUUAACAGAAGUUGGAAUAUCCAACGACACGGAUAUCAUAGACUUCUCCGAAAACACAUGCACUUGUCGUGAGUUCCAACUGAAUCGUAGGCCGUGCAUUCACGCAUCCCGUGCUGCUUGCUUGAGAGGUAAGUCAUUGUACGAUCUCAGCUCAUCGUAUUAUACAUCCGAGUACUGGAAGGGUGCCUAUGGAGAAGCUAUAUAUCCUGUAGACCACCCACAUGAUGUAAGUGAUCCAGACACGAGUGUACCACACGGUUCAGAAAAUGCACUCGCUGCGGUGGACUUGGUCAUAACCGGACCAAAUGUUCGAACUACACUGUACCACGUCCGAUGUAAGCAGCAUUUUUACGCAAAUAGGCACAACGUACUGCAUAACAGCCUCGAACCAAGAUACAAUUUUGUUGUGCAGAACAUUGUUGCCAUUGUUGACAUAUGUAAAUUGAAUGUACGGAAUAAGAAACAUUCAACCAUUAUACAAGUUUCCUUUCAAAUGUAUAUUACGAACACAUCAUUUUUAGCGCAUAACACUGUCCGCAAUGUUCACAAAGUACGUUGA